AGUACACAAAGCGGCGGGUGAGGGGAAGCUUCGCAGGCGUGCACCAAGCAGUGAGAUCACUGGCGUUAUAAAUAUCCCAGUUCCUGCGCCGAGAUCCAUUCGAGUGGCCUCUCUCUCUCUCCCUCCCUCUCUUCCCCGAGGCUAUGUCCACCCGGUGCGGCGAGGGGGGCAGCGCCAGAGGCACGCAGCCGCGCGGGGGCUACGGAGCCCAGAACCAACCCUACAAGAUGCACUUAGAACCCCCGCGGCUGGAAGAAUGAGCUUGUCCUUCCUCCUCCUCCUCUUCCUCAGCCACCUAAUUCUCAGCGCCUGGGCUCACGGGGAGAAGCACCUCGCCCCCAAAGGGCAACCCGGACCCGCAGCCACCGGUCGGAACCCGGCGGGCGCCAGCAGCAGUAGGAGCAGCAGGGGCACGACGUCUUCCUCUUCUUCCUCCGUCUCCUCCUCCCCCUCGGCUUCUCUGGGCAACCAAGGAAGCGGCUUGGAGCAGAGCAGUUUCCAGUGGAGCCCCUCGGGGCGCCGGACCGGCAGCCUCUACUGCAGAGUGGGCAUCGGUUUCCAUCUGCAGAUCUACCCGGAUGGCAAAGUCAAUGGCUCCCAUGAAGCCAAUAUGUUAAGUAUUUUGGAAAUAUUUGCUGUGUCUCAGGGGAUUGUAGGAAUACGAGGAGUUUUCAGCAACAAAUUUUUAGCGAUGUCAAAAAAAGGAAAACUCCAUGCAAGUGUUUGUUAUCUCUAUGGAAAUCCCCAUAGAGCACCUUUCUGGAUUUAUAUGAGGCCAAAUUUACAGAUGACUGCAAGUUCAGGGAGCGAUUCCAAGAAAACAGUUAUAAUACCUAUGCCUCAGCAAUACACAGAACUGAGCCAGCAGGCAGGGAAUGGUAUGUGGCCCUCAACAAGAGAGGGAAAGCUAAGCGAGGCUGCAGCCCGCGGGUUAAACCCCAGCACAUCUCUACCCACUUUCUGCCAAGAUUCAAGCAGCUGGAGCAGCCAGAACUUUCUUUCACGGUCACUGUUCCUGAGAAGAAAAAGCCACCCAGUCCUGUCAAGCCAAAGGUUCCCCUUUCUGCACCUCGGAAAAGUCCCAACACCGUGAAGUACAGACUCAAAUUUCGCUUUGGAUAAUAUUCCUCUUGGCCUUGUGAGAAACCAUGCCUUCGCCUCAGGAGUUUCCACGAGUGUCUUUAUGGCUCUGAAGAAAAACGUUCGGAUACACCUUCAGCUACACUCCACCGUAGUGAAGUCCAGUCACUGGUUUCAGCGCGACUGAAACAAAACUGUUUUCUGAUAGGAACUGAACUGGAAUUCUUUGUCCAACAUAGGGAGCACACUGCUUCAGUCAGGACGACAUAAAGCCUUUUGCUUUAUGCUUCGUGCAUACUCUGUAUUUUGAGAAAGUUAAACAGCGUGGACUAUGUAUUUUUCUGACUUUUACAGAACAACCUGAAAGAACAUACAUGAUACAUUUUUAUUUUUGGUUUCCAAAGAAUAUUUUGAUGCAGAUAAAAUAUUUUAUUAACUUUUGUUUUUUGUUUUUUGUUGUUUUUUUUAAAAAAGUACCUCUGCAUUGAGCAUAUUUUCUUACUUUUAUUUUAAUUAAUAUGACAUAACCAUUUGAAUGCAGUUUAUGAAUAUAAAUGUGUUUAUAGCCCAUUUGUAACAUGUGGAUUUUUUCAUUUUUCUCAUUCAUCGCACUUUCAUUUUUUAUUUUUAUUUUUUACCAUACCUCAGAUAAUGUAAGUUUAGUCCAUCAUCUUACAAUGCUUAAAUUCUCUUCAACAGCACCAAAAGCUCAGCUUAGAUUUGUGUGUGUGUGUGUGUGUGUGUGUGUGUGUGUGUGUGUGUGUGUGUUUGCGUGUAAAUUCAUGACAGUAUGUGGAAUCCUACCCCUUUGGUGGCUGGGCUAUAAUGGCUUAGGAGUAAGGAGAGAAUUAAGGAUUUUUUUUGAUGGUAUUAUACACUGGAGGUAAGGAAAAGGAUUUGAGGCACAACUACACUAAGUCUGCAGCAUUUACUGGGAUCUGAUUCUGUCUUGCCUUCAUUUCUCCUUUUAUCUAUUCCCCUGCCCUCAUUCUUGAACAGCUGGAGGAAUACAUUUUAUUCUGUCCAUCAAGCACACACUAUGAAACCAGAGUGCUUAAAAAUACCUCUUCUAUGACCCUCUGCUAUUCCCACUGUAUAGAUCCAUGGGGAGCAACCCACUUAGCAGAAAAACAUGGAAAAUCGAAGAAGAUGAAUCGUGUAACAGUUAUGCACGUCAAGUUCUGUUGUCAAAAAUAUUCUUAUUACUCAGCCAAACACCCUUUGAGUUUGCUGUCCUAAAGGUAACCAUUCCAAUGAAUAGAUUGCCCUUUAGAAUAGAUACUCCCUGAUGUAUAUUUUAAAAAAGGUGGCCGUGCAAUAGGGGAAAUUUAAUUUGGGAAUUUGAUGAUUGAAAAUAGCACUUUAAUUCUCAACCUGCAUACUGAAUGCUGGGCAUAAAUCACAGAAAAUUUGGCUUAAGAGAAUUUACGUAAUUUAUUUACUUUCCUGGGUAAUCAUUUCUAUGGAGUUCUAUAAAAUAUAAGUGUUUAUAUCAGAAAUGUGCCUGUAAAAAAAGGUACAGCUAAUUCUCAGAAGUAUGUCUUUCACAGGAAGAGCAGAAGAAUUCACAGAAAGUUUCUGUUGUAUGUUUAAGCAUGCUUCUUUUCUUUUAAAGGAUACUAACAAACUUUUCUAAAGUUUUGUUUAUUUUGGCACACAAAUGCAAAGUAGCAAUUUAUCACAAUUGAACUUACUACUACUUAAGCAGAUUGCCUUAUUUAAAUAGAAAUAAACUAUACACAUAUGAUAUAUAUGAAAUCACCCAUCAAUGAAAUCAUCAUGCCUAUACUCUAGUAUUGUGUUUUAUUAUAAAGCCAAUAGUCUGAUUAGACAUUGUUUGCAUUUAAUACAUGAUUUAAAACAUAUCAAAUGAAAUACUACAAAAUUUUUAUUUAAUUUAUAAAUUAAAAUUCUCUUGGGUUAAAUGAAACAGGGUUUUGGAAACAAAAUAUGUCCAACCCUCAUCCAGCUGGCAUAUCACCUUAUAUACACAGUACAAAGCUGAAAACAACCCUCUAGUUUACUCUAAUAUAUUGUUAAGAAUUGUACACCGUGUAUCAAAUUCUUAGUACACAUGAAAAAUUAAAAUUGUAAAACAGAACAGUAGACAUGUGUUCCUAAAUGGGCAAGGAAAAGAUGAUAUUAAUGAUGAUUAACAACAAACUAAAUUAAUGCAUAUAUUACAUUAGGCUGAUGCUGCUGGUAGUUGAGGUUAAACUGCAAAAUAAUAGCUUAUCUUGUACUCUAGUUUGAUUUGAUUAGUACAUGAAAGUUAAAGUAGGAUAGUUACUAAAUAUAUAUCAUGCAAGUCAGGACUCAUUAAUUUCAAAAUUUAAAGCCAAGCUAAAAUUAAAAAAAAAAAUUAAAUUACACUUAUCUUCAGUUUACUGGCCAUACACAAUUACAUUUAAUUAAUGCUCACUGACGCUUAAAGUUACCUAAAUUAAUUAAUUGAAUGAACUCAUGUACAGAAAACACGUAUAAAUGUAACUCCUUACUAAUACCUAGAACAUUUGAAGGGGGUCCUUGCUUACGUCGUUUUUGAUAAUUUUUAAGUAACUUGGCCCGUCUGACAUCAAAUACAGUUGUUUAAUCAUGGUUACAUUUACCUAAAAACGUCAAUGAAUUUGACAUUAAAAUUUACGAACCUAAUUUGCCUAGGAGACAGUAAAUACCUUCCUAUUGAGAAUUCAGUUUUAUUAAUUAUAUUAUGUUUAAUUUAAGAUAUUCUUUAUUUAGAACAUCUAUAGAAGUAAAUAGAGGGUUCCAAUAAGAUGUAAUAAUACUGUGGUUUUAUUUCACAAAUAAUACCAUCACUUGUUUCUGACGAAACUAAUUUGAGAGGGUGGAUGUAUAUAAAUUAUCUUAGUUCAUUUGCUGAGUUAUGGUAGCCAGAAGUUCAAAAUUAUGUGAUGAUAAUAAAGGAUACCAACAAAAGUUA